UAACAAUAAAUAAACCAGAUUUCAUAUCCACCUAAAUAAAGCCGGUGUUAAUUUCAUUACUUGAUUAUGGCUUAGAAUCCCAACUAAUAAAUUGUUGGUCAAUCCGUGUACAUUUUUCCAUCAUUAUCAUCAAUAUUUACUAUUUAGAUUUAAUUGUACCGUAUUUUUUCACACGUAUUUUCUACCACUACAUGCGCAUUAACCAUGAAUUUAUAACCUAAAACCUAAUACAAAUUCUAAUCUAAUUCAAAUUCAUGGCAUUACCUACGUACCUAAUCUAACUAUUCAAACAAUCAAAAUCUACUAUUUUUACUUUCUGGCUUACAAAGUGCUCAAAAUAACAAAAUAUUUUAAGAGCAAAAUUAUUCCAAAACUUCCAUGUUUCGGAAUAAGUUAUUUCGCAAUGAGUCGAAAACGUUGGAGGAUGACGACUCAAAUGUUUGCAUUAUUCAGCUGACCUUUGAUUUUGAAGAACGCUUGCUCGGCACUGUGGCGUCCGUUCCCGUAAUCUCAUCCCUCAUCUCGAUCCUCGGUUUGAGUCAGGAUUUGAGGUUGGAAAUUGUGCAAAAGUUCCCAUCCGCAAAGGUUCGAAAGGGUCGGGUCGAAAUUGGCGAAGAUAUCAACAAUAAUAAUAAUAAUAAUGCCGACGAAGAUGAGCGUCAUCAAGAACUUUCCGUCAUCAUGAAAUCUGUCGCUUCAGUGCUGUCUUGGAUCCGGGGGAAAGAGUUUUCAAUCGUGGGGUCCACCGUGGACAGCUCCGCGUUUAGUGGAUACGUUACGAAAACUUAUUGUUGGACGAUGCAGAAAUGAUUAUAAUGUGGAUAAUGAUUUUUAAAAUUUUGAAUAAAAACUUUCACAGGUAUGCGUAUUU